AUGAACUCCUCGGCGAAAAGUUGUUCCAAUCGCUUUUCUGGGAACGAGGCACUUAUGAUUGUGCGGAUAAGCGCACAUGCAAUUCUGGCAGUUGCAGCUAUUUUUGGCAGCUACCUCGUGAUUAGAGCCUUUCAAAAAUUUGAAAAUCUUCGAAGGGCGUCCAACAUAAUCCUUGUGAGUUUGUCUGUCGCCGACUGCCUACUAGCCAUUCCGUUCAUUUUGGACAUCAUGCACAUGUUUCUGAAACUAAGUUUUAGUGUGAAACAGAGUCAACAAGCUUUGUGUAUAUGGAGCGCAAGUUUAACCUUCCUUCUUAUUUCGGUUAUCAUUCUUCACCUGGCGUUAAUCAGCAUGGAGCGUUUCAUUGCCGUAAAAUUCGCUUUGAGAUACCAUAUCAUAGUGACCAAUCGCCGGGCAGCGAUCGCUUCCAUGUCGAUGUGGUUGUGGACUGCACUCGUUAUGGUUGUUUUGCCACACACUCUUCAAGCCAAUAGCAGGAGCGACUUUGAACGAUUUCGCCAAGCGAUUCAUCCGUGUCUUAGUACUCGAGAAGCAUGGCCAGACCGGGAUCUGCCAUUGCAAACUAAAGUGUACCUCAUCUUCGUUGUGAUAUCUCUGUUAGUCAUCCCAUUGUUAAUCAUCCUAUCUUCGUACUCCUAUAUCUUUAUAGUGUCCCACAAGCACAGACGACACAUCGCAGGGCGGGGUGACUUCCCAGGAAUGACCACCAUCAGGCAUCAACUAAAAGGCGCCCUAACCCUCGCCUUCGUGGUAUCAGUAUGCCUACUCAGUAUCACCCCUUUGCUGGUCGUGACAUGUCUGCGAUUUUUCAGGAAGCUUCCCGACUGUCGCCAUUCAAGACCGAAGCAUCUAAAUUUCAUCGCCUACGUUGUUGCAACUGGUUUAAACGCCAUUUGCAAUCCUCUUAUAUACGGAUGGAGAAAUGGAAGAUUCAGGAGUGCCUUUCGCAAACUCCUGGGGUGCGAUCAGCAACCCGGUUAAGACAGAAGAUAGUUUUCGUUAUAAGCUUGCUUAGGUAAAUUAAAUACUUUAAACUAGCUGUAAGAAUUUCCACCUAGGGUCAUCGUUUUAUUGUCGCUCAAGAAUAUUUUCUAUGCUGUUAGAAGAGAAAGAUGGCAAAACAAAACUUGGUUCAAAGAUGCUUUAAAAGCGCUCUUUAUAGUACAAAUAAAUGCUGUAGUCCAAUUUAUCUUUACUUAGCCUUUGUCUAUGAUAAUAGACUUGAAAGAAAGGAAAAUACUAAGGUGGCUCGACCCAGUAUUUUUGUAGGUACACCUUCCAUCUAUGAAUCUCUCAGGCUUAAACAAAUUGAUCUUUUUUGCAAAAACAUUCAGUAACACAUGUAUUACGGCUUUAUUAUGACAUUAUUUUUUGGGCAAUCGGAAAAAAUAUCAUGUGGCAUUGACGUCGCAAUAGUUUUAGCUCUAAACUGAAUUUCUACCCUUAUCGGCAUUUUCUUUGGAAAUGCUUUAAGCUACCUGUACUUAGGGUGCUUGUCUUCUGUUGUGCGAAUUAAAGUUUCACAAAAAUCCAUAGAGGAAAUUCGAGAUAUCUUGGAAUAUCUACAAAAACGGUAUAAAUUACGCAUGAACUGAAGGUGGCACUAAAUGCAGACAAAUUCGCUACCUUAUUUCGGAGCUUUCCGAAAAGUUUUUAUCACUGCACUCAUUCGAUUUGCAAAUGAACUUUAUACACUCUACAACCAGCUAAACGCAAUUAGUAGAUUUCGAAAAACAAACAUGAAAACAUGUGAAUCAGUAAAACGCAAUAGUGAGCUGUAAUUUCUAAAGCCUGGUUUCCAUAUGAUCGUCCGGAUCGUCCCGAUUGUCUCAGUCGACUCAAAUAAUAGAGACCUUAAGUGUCAUCGUCUGAGAAAGUGUUCCAGGGGCCAAAAGUUGUGGUCAACCGAUUUGGCUGAAACUUGGCACAGAAGUUGGGUAUACAGAGAUAUUUCAAAAGCCACUUGGGCUCACUUCUCUGAGUUUUAGUUUUAAAGUUACAGGGGGGGUCUCAUUUUUUGCCCUUUGAGCACCAAAAAUCCAGCCUUCCAGGGGGCAUUUUGAAAGUGUGAUAAGACCCCACUGGUAAAUUGUGCUGUCAAAUGAAUUUGACCAUGAACUCUACUAUAAUAGAGCUUUCAGUUCAUGCAUGUAACUUUGUCCUCAAGGUAUUGCACAGAGAGGAGCCUGGGGCUAGAGUUUGGCCAAAAUUGAUGUUAAAAUUACAACCCAAAAUAGCCAUUUUUCAAAACUUCACUUUAUUCACCUGCCUUCUUGCAUAACUUCCAAACCUAUACCACUGUUUACUUUAGUCACUCAGUUAUCAAAAUCAGUUGAGAAAAAUUUGGCUUAUUAUGGUUUAUUGAAUUUUUGGAACAAACACUUCAUGCCCCUCUAAGGCGAUGCAAAAUGGAAUUUUGAGCCUAAUUCAGGCCAUAAACAAACCAAAUUGUUGACAAGAAACCCUUAUUCUGUAUUUGGUAAGUGAAAAUGAAUUGUCAAAGCCAAACCAGUUUUGUUGUUUAAAAAUACAUUGAUUUAUUCCCAUGUUAAUUUCCUGGGUCCUUACGAAGAGCACUAAACAUUCAACAAACUCAUCGCAGCAAUAUCUUUAUGUAACUUUGUAACUUGUAACUUUAUUUGAUUUGCCACAAAAUACAAAUAACGAUAAAAUAAGACAGUUACACAAAAGCAAAUGAAAGUGGCGAGGAAGCCCAAAAAGAAACCAUGAGGCUUAUAGACAUUGGGCUCCCUCAGAGUAAAAAUACAGUUAACAGUAACAGUAAGGCCAGGAUCGAAAGUAAAAUACAAUGAAGGUAAGUAUAAAUUUAAAAAAAUAAUAAUAAUAAUAAUAAAACAAUAAAAAAUAACAAUAAUAGAAAUAACUUGAAGGCUAUUUUUUGUCUGCUUGAGCUAUUUGUUUACAUUCAGCUUGUCACGUGGGCACGCUUAUCAAGCAAGGCUAAGUUUGGCAAUGCACAAUUCGAGCCAGCUUGCAUUGAAACUCCACCGGUCUCCUUUAUUUGCCUGUUUCGUCGAAGACAAGUCAACUUAAAAUAGGCUUAGCUACAUAAUUGCGCAGGAAUUGUUUUGGGAAUUUUGGACACGAAAAAGAAAUUAUUUUAGAAAAUCUCACGAAUAUUAGAAAAAAAAUUGACAAAUACUAGAACUUAAAUAGCAGUAUAUAUAGGAGAAUACUGAAUAGCAACAUUUCACAGGCAGAAUCGCUGAAAAGACGUUUUUAUUUUUCUGCAUUCCUACCAACCAAGAGAGGGCUCAGUCCACCUACAUGCUACAACAGUGUCUAGAGUACUGUUCACUGAGCACAACAAAUCAGCAGUUUUCAUCAGAGGCUUCUACACUACAACUAAUCAGCCGUUAUUCACCAAAAGAGGCCCUCGCUAUCAAAAAAGAAAAAAAAAUUUGAGUUUUUUUUAGGGAAUUUUAGAGAGUUUUAGCAGAUAACACUCUUAUUUAGGUAUAUUUUUUCAUUAUUCUUUUAAUUGAAUAGUUAACAUUAUUUUAAAUAGUUUUUAAAUUAAAUAAUGAAACAUUUUUUUCUACAAAUAUACACAAAUCUUCCGCGUUCUUCCAGAACGAUUCAGAGUCAGUUCCCAUUCAAGUAUGAUAUAUGUGUGUUCAUUGCCUAUGCAUUAUUCCAAGCAAAUCCAAUAAUAUCAACUAAUUAAUUCGGUCGAUUUUGCUACGACGUUUUAGUGACAUUUUCUCCCUGAAAAUGUCAAUUUCGUCGAAAAACUUAGAUGCAGCAUGUUUGCAAAGAUCUUUGACGAAAAGGGUAAAUAAUGGAAACCGGUAACUGAAUUGUGCAUUGCAUGAUAAGCGUGUGCACGUGGACAAGCUUAAUGUAAACAAGCAGCUCGAGCAGACAAAAAACAGCCUUCAAGUUAUUCUUAUCGUACAUAACCUUCCUUCUUAUUUCGGUUAUCAUUCUUCACCUGGCGUUAAUCAGCAUGGAGCGUUUCAUUGCCGUAAAAUUCGCUUUGAGAUACCAUAUCAUAGUGACCAAUCGCCGGGCAGCGAUCGCUUCCAUGUCGAUGUGGUUGUGGACUGCACUCGUUAUGGUUGUUUUGCCACACACUCUUCAAGCCAAUAGCAGGAGCGACUUUGAACGAUUUCGCCAAGCGAUUCAUCCGUGUCUUAGUACUCGAGAAGCAUGGCCAGACCGGGAUCUGCCAUUGCAAACUAAAGUGUACCUCAUCUUCGUUGUGAUAUCUCUGUUAGUCAUCCCAUUGUUAAUCAUCCUAUCUUCGUACUCCUAUAUCUUUAUAGUGUCCCACAAGCACAGACGACACAUCGCAGGGCGGGGUGACUUCCCAGGAAUGACCACCAUCAGGCAUCAACUAAAAGGCGCCCUAACCCUCGCCUUCGUGGUAUCAGUAUGCCUACUCAGUAUCACCCCUUUGCUGGUCGUGACAUGUCUGCGAUUUUUCAGGAAGCUUCCCGACUGUCGCCAUUCAAGACCGAAGCAUCUAAAUUUCAUCGCCUACGUUGUUGCAACUGGUUUAAACGCCAUUUGCAAUCCUCUUAUAUACGGAUGGAGAAAUGGAAGAUUCAGGAGUGCCUUUCGCAAACUCCUGGGGUGCGAUCAGCAACCCGGUUAA